UCUACCGGUUGUUUGUUUGUUGACCGAUUACUUGAAUAUUGUUCCAAGUCAGUCAGAAUGACGGACGUGGAAAAACAGCCGGAUUGUCAGAUCGCCACGGACAAUACCGUCGACUUUGAAGGCCCUAAUGAUCUGGAGAAUCCCUUUAACUGGCCGCAGUGGAAGAAACUGCGCCAGUUGGUCCUCAUGGCCGUCAACACCUUUAUCACACCCCUCGCCUCCUCCAUGUUCGCCCCCGGUGUCGCCGGCGUCAUGCGGGAUUUUCGGGAAUCCGACAUGAUGCUCGCCUCCUUUGUCGUCUCCAUCUACGUGCUCGGGUACAUGGUGGGCCCCUUUAUCAUCGCCCCGCUGUCUGAGAUGUACGGCCGCGUGCCGCUCUACCACACCUGCAACGUGCUCUUCCUCAUCUUCACCAUCGCCUGCGCCGUCGCCCAGUCCAUGCCCCAGCUCAUGGUCUUCCGUCUGCUGGCUGGCAUCGCUGGCGUCUGUCCCCUGACCAUUGGGUCUGGCACCGUCGCCGACAUGGUCCCCAAGGAGAAGCGCGCCGGCAUCAUGGCCAUCUGGGCGCUGGGCCCGAUCCUGGGCCCGGUUGUCGGCCCCGUGGCCGGCGGCUUCCUGGCGGAUGCUGAAGGCUGGCGCUGGGUGUUUUGGGUGAUUGCAAUUGCUACCGGCGUCAUGACCAUCAUGUGCAUGAUCUGGUACCGCGAAUCCUACGCCCCCGUUAUUCUCGCCCGCAAAGCCGCCCGACUGCGCAAAGCCACGGGCAACGAGGCCCUCCGCUCCGUCCAUGACAAGGGCCGCAUGACCCGCGAACGCUUCCUCUCCACCCUGGCCCGCCCCAUCAAGCUGCUCUUCCUGUCGCCCAUCGUCUCCCUCCUCGCCCUCUUCGCCGCCGUCACCUACGGCUACCUCUACCUGAUGUUCACCACCCUGACCCCCAUCUUCGAGAACACCUACGGCUUCUCUCCUGGCCUGGCCGGUCUCGCCUACCUGGGCUUCGGUAUCGGCAGUAUCAUUGGUCUCGUCGUCUGCGGCUACGUGUCCAACCGCAUCGCCCAGCGGGAUUCCGCCAAGGGAUGCUUCCGUCCGGAGUCGCGUCUGCCCCCCAUGCUAGUCGGGUGCUGGGCUAUCCCCGCUGGCCUCUUCUGGUACGGAUGGGCGGCCGAGUACAAGGUGCACUGGAUCGUGCCCAUCCUGGGCACCGGCGUGUUUGCCAUCGGGCUGAUGACCGUGUUCAUGUGCGCCAACACCUACCUGGUGGACUCCUACCUGAAAUACGCCGCUUCCGUCACGGCGGCUAAUACGGCGCUGCGGUCGCUCGUUGGUGCGGUGUUGCCGCUGGCCGGCCCCUCCAUGUACGACGCGCUGGGCCUCGGGUGGGGGAAUUCCCUGCUGGCGUUCAUCUCCUUGGCGCUGUGUGUGUGUCCGGUGCUGUUCUGGCGCUAUGGCGAGGCGAUCCGCACGCACCCGCGGUUUCAACUGACGCUGUAGCAUUCUUU